AAUUGUUAUUAUUCUUUGUUCAAUUUUUGCGAAUCGAGAGGUCCAUUAGUUGUAGUCACUUCCAAAAUAUGAAUAAGAUUAUUUUAAGAAAAAGACGAAGAAUAGUUGGCCAGACAAAUAUUUCGUGGUGGAAAUGUUUUGAAAAAUUGAGUGAUGCCCGGGCUGUCAUUGACUCCGUGAAAUAUCAAAAUUCCAAUCUGAUUUUGUGCGUGCGCGCUAAUUCUCAUUUAUUUGAGUAACGUAAUGCGCUCGAUAAUUAUUAGUUUAUUUAUUACAAGUUAUCUGAAAUUUAUGUUUCUUCUUAUUUUUCUAGAGCCGGCCAGAUAAAAAUGAUAAUGUCCAUGAAACUGUAUGUGACGUUAUUUUGUUUGGUUGUAGUUCGUCUUGCAGAUAUUUCUGACGAUUAGCACGCUUACUUGACGUGAGAUUAGUUCAAAAGAAUUAUAUAAUUAUAAGUCAACUUAUUUGUGCAAUGAUUUAAAAAAUGUGUCAUUGGAACGUAUCUCUUACUCAAACUAGAAUCAAUGAACUUCCACUGAAAUGUGCUUAAAAAUGACAGUUUUUCAUCAGUGAUUGCUCCAAUGUUAUCCCAUUUCACUUUUAAGAACAAUGCCAGUGCACCAGAUUAAUGUUAAUCCUCCCGAUUGGCGCUCACCUCAGCCUCUUGAACCCUCCAGUAAUGCAAGUUCUUUUGAGGUGGAAUCUGUACCAAAAUGGACGUCAAGGGAACCUGCCUAUACGUCUGUCGACACGAACAUACCGGAUCAUUGUCAUUCUUCCAUUAGUACAUUGUCAUCAAGCAAUCACGAUAUUUGCAGGAUAUGUCACUGCGAGGGUGAUGCAGGUGCUCCGUUGUUGGCUCCUUGCUACUGUAGCGGUAGUCUGCGUUACGUGCACCAAGCUUGUCUUCAGCAAUGGAUAAAUGCAUCAGACACACGGGCCUGUGAAUUAUGUAAAUUCACAUUCAUCAUGCACGCUAAAACCAAACCAUUCUCAGAGUGGGAAAAACUGGAAAUGUCAGCAGUUGAGGUGCGGAAGUUGUGGUCAGUAGCUAUAUUCCAUGCAAUAGCAGCACUAUGUGUUGUUUGGUCUUUGUACGUACUUGUUGAGCGAUCGGUAGAAGAAGCACGCAAAGGAAUUGUGGACUGGUCAUUCUGGACGAAAGUGAUCGUAGUUGUCAUAGGUACUACAGGAGGAUUUGUAUUUAUGUACAUUCAGUUGAAAGCGUACAUCAUGCUGUGCAGGCGAUGGCGUGCUUUUAACAGAGUGAUAUUCAUACAAAAUGCUCCUGAAAAAGUUGUACUUCCUCCCUCGCCAACAGAGUCGCUGAGAGAUGUUUCAAUACCGUUGAAGGACUCUGCUACUUCAAUACCAGAGAUCAGUCAUACUCUCUUAUCUCGUGCAGUUGAAUCUUCGUGUGUUUCUCAGACGGCAAAGUCAGGCUCUAGUUCAUCCCUGCAGAAGCACGAUGCCCGCCUAAAACUCUACGUAUUUGACAAGUUAUCGUCAUCCGAAGAUAAUCUUUAGUUCAGUAAACUAAAAUACAUUUUAACGCAAUCAUUAAUCGUGCUGAAAAGCGCUAAAACUAUAUGACAAGAAGCUGUGACCAUACUGGACUGAUGAAGGAAGAAUUUUAAAUAAUAAUUACGCAAUUUUAUAAUAAUCUAGAAUUCCUUUGGAGAAAUUGUUUUAUUUGAAAUCUAGUAUUUCAGUGCUUUUGUUGACUAUGGGAUGCCAAACAGAAUUUAACAGAGGCUCUCUCCUAGACACUUAUGUACAUAAUCAUUGUAUCUGUGAUGUUAUUAAAUAAACUUUACCAUAAUUAAA